GGGAAGCGGACCCGGAAGCGUAGCGCUGCGCGGAGCGAGAUGGGGUGCGAUGGCGGCACCAUCCCCAAGCGGCACGAGCUGGUCAAGGGGCCCCGCAAAAUCGAGAAGGUUGACAAAAAUGCUGAAUUGGUAGCAAGAUGGUACUACUGUGCUCUGAGUCAAGAGAAGUUAUGUCGGCCAAUUGUAGCCUGUGAGCUAGGCAGGUUGUAUAAUAAAGAUGCCAUCAUCGAAUUUUUGUUGGACAAGUCAGCUGAUAAAACUCCUAUGGAAGCUGCAUCACAUAUCAAGAGCAUUAAGAAUGUAACAGAACUAAACCUUGCAGAUAAUCCAGCUUGGAGUGGUGAUAAAGAGAGUAUAAAAGGUGACAAAUAUGAUGACAUCCAGUCUGCACGCUUUAUAUGCCCUGUGGUGGGACUGGAAAUGAAUGGAAGACAUAGGUCAGUAAGUUUCUGGAUUUUGGUUCUUAGAAGCGAGUACUGUGCUAAACUGAAUAUAGAGCAG